UCAACUUAACUAGCGACUUUUCCCCUCCGCGACAGUUUCCCGAGGUGCCUAGUGCUUGAGCGGCACGGACGAGAGUGAGAAGGAAGGCAAGAUGGCGGACGUGCUGGAUCUUCAUGAGGCGGGGGGCGAGGAUUUCGCCAUGGAUGAGGAUGGGGACGAGAGCAUCCACAAACUGAAAGAAAAGGCGAAGAAACGGAAGGGCCGCGGCUUUGGCUCCGAAGAAGGGUCUCGAGCGCGGAUGCGUGAGGAUUAUGACAGCGUGGAACAGGAUGGUGAUGAACCUGGACCGCAACGCUCUGUUGAAGGCUGGAUUCUCUUUGUCACUGGAGUCCAUGAGGAAGCCACCGAAGAAGACAUCCAUGACAAAUUUGCAGAGUAUGGGGAAAUAAAAAACAUCCACCUCAACCUGGACAGGCGUACAGGAUACCUGAAGGGCUAUACUCUAGUUGAGUAUGAAACAUACAAGGAGGCCCAGGCUGCAAUGGAGGGACUCAAUGGCCAGGAUUUGAUGGGACAGCCCAUCAGUGUGGACUGGUGUUUUGUUCGGGGUCCACCCAAGGGCAAGAGGAGAGGUGGCCGAAGACGCAGCAGGAGUCCAGACCGGAGGCGGCGCUGACAGGUCCUCUGUUGUCCAGAUGUUCUCUCCAGAGAUUCUACUUGACCAUGCAGCCUUGGAGAAAUAGGGCAGGGGUGGAACUCACUGUGUUUAUAUUUAAUCUCUCACCCUACUUGCUUAGUGGGUUGGUUUUUGUUUUUGAGUUAGGAAUAAAUGUCCCAUUUUUGUUUUGUA